AUGCCCUCAAAAGCUUCCGUGGGAAGUGCCAGUGGUGAGGCGGACCCCGCAUUCAAGUUCGUAUUCAGUGUUCUCAAACACUGCGAAUCGAUCAAACCAAACUGGGAAGAAGUCGCGAAGGAGAAUGGAAUCGGCUAUGCGAGAAACGCUUCCUCUAAGUUCAAGGAUAUUGUGAAGAAGCAUGGGCUUGAGUUCAAGGGCAACACGAUUUGCGACCCGGCCGAUGGAGGUGCUGAAGGUGCUGCUGACGAAGCGAAGACUCCAAAGAAGGCGAAGGCAGCCACUCCCCGCAAGCGGAAGUCUGAAGAUGACAGCGACAUGACUCCUAACAGCACUGGAAAACAGAAGAAGUCGGCACCCUUCAUGGCCAUAGAAGUCAAGAGCGAAGAUGAUAAGGAGGCGGCAUUGAAGCAAGUCAAGCCUGAGGAUACAGAGUCAAAAUACUAG